AUGAGGCCCUCGUCGUGGUUGUUGCUAGUCGCGCUGUCGGCGUCCGGCGACCUCCUGAGGGCGUCCCACGACCACGACGGCGACGACGACGACGUCGGCGGCUUCGAGCCGGAGGGCGGGUUCGGGAUCCGCCACGGCAGGUCCAAGAGCAGGGAGGCGGGCUCUGAGGACGCCUUGUCCGCGGCUCCCGACGACGUCAGGAACCCUAGGAGGUCCCGCGGGAGGCCGGGGAGCUCCGGGUUCGUGGACCAGGAUGAGCAGGAGGAGGUGUUGGGAGACCCGGGGGACCCGCCGUCGACGGAGACCUCGGAGGACCAGGAGGAGGAGGCUGGCGGGGGAGGAGAUGGGGCAGGCGUGGACGUGGUGACGCGCUUCCUGCGCAUCGUGGAGUCGCAGCACCUGCUGGGCGACAACUGCACGGCGGGCACGGACCUGCACCUGGGCGAGGGGGUGGUGGACCGCUACGCGCAGGAGCGCUUCCGCCUGGAGGCCGAGGUGGCCGUCAACCGCGCCAACUGGCUCACGCGCCUCUGGAAGUACGCCGAGCCGCGCGUGCUCGCCUCCGAGUACCUGCUGCACGCGUCGCUCUUCUCCGUCGUCGAGUUCGACGACGACAUCUUCGCGGCGGGCAACUGCUACGACCAGGGCCAGUACAAGGGCCACGGCCUGUUCUGCCCGUACGCGCACCGCCUGCCCGAGGGACCCAUCCUCGCCAAGGACCUGGCCGUGGAGUACAAGUACCUGGGCAACUCGUCCGAGUGGUUCUUCAUCGCGCGCAGGAACGCGGAGAACGUCAUCCGCAACCACAGCCAGUUCAGCCGCGGCUACCACACGUACACGCACAACGACUCGGCGCACACGGAGCGGGUGGCCGACGAGAUACUCAGCGUGAGGUACGAGGACGGCAAGUGGAGCAAGCCCUACUACGACUGCGGCGGCGGCAACAUCUGGAUGCUGACCUACACGGUUCCCUUCUUCGGCUUCCGUGACGGCCAGUACUUCUUCAAGGGCACGAGUGGCAUAGACAUAGACCUGCGGCGGGUGGACAUAGACCAGUGCCCUCUGCCGUCCGACAGCACGCAGCUCAACAUCUUCGCAGCCUCCGACAAGUGCAAGAAGAAGACCACCGAGUGCGUGCCGCUGCCGGGGCUGGGCUUCCGGCGAGGCAGCUACAAGUGCGUGUGUCGCCGCGGCUUCUACUUCCCCAGCCUGCACGCCUCCAAGCGCUACUACAACGGCUCCGUCAUCGAGGAGGAGUACGAGAAGCUCAUGCUGGGCGAGGACAGCCUGUACAGCGCGGCGGGCGCCUACGAGUGCCUGCAGUGCGCCGAGGGCUGCGAGUCGUGCGAGAACGCCAGCCCGUGCGUGGCCUCGCUCAACUGGGUGAUGCGCACGGCGCUGCUGGUGCUGUGCUGCGUCGUCAUCGGCUGCCUGCCCAUCGUCGCCUUCUUCACCUGGAAGUACGGCGGCGUCAAGGUCGUCAGAGCGGCCAGCCCUGUUCUACUGAGGGUGAUCGUGCUGGGGGCCUUCUUCAUCUACUGCACCACGAUCGUCAUGUACCCUCGCCCCAACAUCUACACCUGCACGCUGAGGGUGUGGUUCAGGGAGGUCGGCUUCUCACUCACGUACGGCGCCCUCAUGCUGAAGACCUGGAGGAUCUCGGUGAUCUUCCGGGUGCGCUCGGCCAAGGCGGUGCGCAUCACGGACGCGGACCUGCUGAAGCGGCUGGGGGCGGUGGUGGGGGUGUGCGGGGUGCUGCUGCUGGUGCGCACCCUGGUGGCGCCGCCGCGCGUCGUGGUGGGCCGCACCGCCGACGACCUCAAGGCCUACCUCUGCCGCACGGACUGGUGGGACCACGCCUUCACCACGCUCGAGGUGAUGUUCCUGGUGUGGGGGAUACGGCUGUGCAUCGUGGUGCGCAAGGCCCCGUCCGAGUUCAACGAGAGUCGCUUCAUCUCCAUGGCGAUCUACAACGAGUUCCUGCUCUCCGUCUUCCUGAACGUGUCCAUGUUGUUCCUGCAGUCCCCGGCCAACCCGGACCUGCUGUUCAUCAUCUUCUUCUGCCACACGCAGCUGACGGCGACGCUGCUCCUCUGCCUUAUCUUCGGGAGCAAGGCCUACAUGGUGCUGAAGUGUAUGGCCUACAUGGUGCUGAAGUGUAUGGCCUACAUGGCACUGAAGGGCACGGCCUACAUGGUGCUGAAGAACACGGCCUACAUGGUGCUGAAGGGCACGGCCUACAUGGCGCUGAAGGGCACGGCCAACAUGGUGCUGAAGGGCACGGCCAACAUGGUGCUGAAGGGCACGGCCUACAUGGUGCUGAAGGGCACGGCCUACAUGGUGCUGAAGGGCCAGGGCAAGCAGGAGCCGUGUGUGAGCGCCUCCAAGCCGCAGGCCGCCAAGUUCCUGGCCAGGCCCAAGGGCGCCAACUCGCAGGGCGCGCCCUCCACCAACUCCUCCACCGCGGGCCUCGACUGCCGCCUGGCCGACGGCGACGUCCAGGAGGAGUUCCUGCAGCUGUGCGCGCAGCUGGAAGCGCUGCAGGACAAGGCCGCGAGGAGCGGGUGUCCGGCGCUGCUGGCGCGCCUGAGCGCCGUGCGGGAGGCUCUGGGGUCUCCGCCCCCGGGGGCCUCUCCCCAGGCCUCGCCCCCGCGCGCCGCCGACCCGGGCUCCACGGAGGAGGCGACCGUGUGA